AUGUCGCACCUCCCCUACGCUUGGACCGAUUCAUUCAGCGGUAUGUAUCCGUCGUUGUCGACAUUGUUUGGCGUGGAUGCAGGCAGGAACGAGGCGCGGGACAGCCCCACGACUUUUCGCCAACCACACAGAGGAGCCGAAAACGUCAGCGCGACACCUUUUCACCACCACGCCGUCGACCACAUGGCGAGACAGCACCCGCCCGGACCAUCGUUGCUGUCGUCGGCGUCGGCUGAGGGAUCCGCGACGUCAAAGGGUCUUGCGUAUGCACCUUCGACAGUUUCCAUGGCCGGGCCCGAACACGGAGGAGGAUGUUUUCUGUCGGCGCCAUGCGACAAGCCCGAUUGCGACGAAGCCACUAUUUGCUACGACUAUUCUCUACCGCACUAUGCCGACCUCCACUGCGCCCAGGAUGCCUUCAAUUGUCCUGAAGCCUUUGACUGCGGCGAGACGAACUGCAAUGCCGCCGACUGGCUAUGCACCGACCUAAACUGCCACGAACCCGGAUGCGAUCAAGAACACGCUCGAGAAUGCACCCCUGCUUGUGCCGCCGCUACAGUCUCUUGCUCUGACCCGACUUGUAACGAAGACCAUCUCUACUGCUGUCUCUCGGAUGUCUGUCCUCGUCCUCAUCCUCCUGGCACAGAGUGUCCUCAACCGCAAUGCCACGAUCAACACAUCCCUACGACCAUCUGUCACCCUGGUCCUGCUGUUGCAUGCACACAACCGUAUGGCUACAAGACCUCCUCUACCGCUGCUACCAGCCAAGAUACAAUGUCGACAAGCACCAUAAGCACCCCAACGACAGACUCGAUCCCCACACCAGACAAUUUCCUCUCCCUGAUAGAGGCUGCUUCAUUGCUUCCUCCUGUGGGAUACAACUUCCCUACCUCAAGUGCCUAUCCACCACGAAAGCGCAUGCGACUAGACGAAUCCACCUCCUAUCAGGACUUCAACGCACCAUACUACACACCAAAUGAUUACUGGCAACAAGACCUGUCACAAAGCUUCUCAUCAUCACAAUUCCCUUCGGCAAGUCAACCCAUCACCGCAAGCGCUUCGCCUGCCGUCCAGACAAAGGUCCGCCAAGAAAAGGCUUCGAGAGAUUUGGAUGAUAUUGCCAUGUGCAGGUGGAAUGAUGAAGUCACUGGUCCUUGUAAUCGUGUCUUUGCUACCAUCGAGGAUUUGCACAACCACGUCAAAGAUCAUACUUGCACUUUGGUGCCUUCGAAAACGCCUAACCGCACAUUUGUUUGUCGCUGGGAAGGCUGUGAAAAGGAUGCACCAUUUGGUACCAAGAAUCAUCUCGACCGACACAUGCAAAACCACACUCGCUUCAAGCCAUUUGCCUGCAACAUUUGCGGCCACCGUUGCGUCACUCAGCAGCAACUGAACAACCACCUAACGACACACUCACGGGAGAAGAAGUUCAAGUGCGACUUCCCUGGCUGCGGCAAAGUCUUUGGAGUCAAGACAGCGCUAUCAACACACAAGCGCACCCACACCAACGAGAAGCCUUUCUCGUGCCGUUGGUGCGGUGACAGCUACUCAGACAGCUCAAAUCUGUCGAAACACCGCAAGACUGUUCACGAAGACGACAAGACCGCCAUCCCUUGCCCGCAUCCAGGCUGUGAAUACCGCGACUCCCGUGCACAACGGCUUGAGCGUCACUGCCGUGAUACCGGGCACGGUUUAUCUCUGCUCGGGGACGCACACAAGUGGAGCGAGUAUACCAGAAAAAAGCAGGUCAGGAGUCGCACUGCAAGUGUCGCCCCUAGCGUUGCAUGA